AAGGUAGGUUUUCUAAUUUCUAUCUCUAUGCCCAUAUGAUUGAUUAGUUUUUGAAACUGGAUUUGUAUAUUUAUUAGUAUUGAUUUAGCUUUUGCUUUUUCAACCAAAAAAAAGGGGAAAUUUAUAUCAUAAGAUAAUAAAUAUAAGCUCUCUCUGUGGGCACAUAGUCCAAGAACUUUGAUAUACGCUCCGAUAAAGGAGGGAGAUAGAGAGAUGAGAAUGAGAGGAAGAUGAAGAAUCAAACUUAGAAGAGACAAAAAAAAAAGACAUUCUUAUCCUUCUUAAUUCUUUCUAUUCUUUGAUAGGAGGAACAACUUUUGGAUUAUCCUUCCUCUCCCCUCCGGUUAAUCCCACCGUUUCUUACAUUUUCCUCUGUUUUUUUUCCCGGGAAACAGAAGGAAAAUUUUCUUUUUUUUUUUUUUCCGGGAAAGGAGAGAUCUUUGUGAAUUAGGUAGCUGCCCUUAUCUUUAAAGUAUUGUUUUGAGGUCGCGUGGCUUCAUUGUUGUGGUUUAUUCAAUUGGAGGAUGAAACAAAGGUUACUGCUUUUGUGUGGUUCUUAAAGCUAGGGUUUUUGGGAACGUGCUUUUAUAUCUGUCUGUGUGUAUCUGCAUUUUUGAGAUUUGGGGUUGUGGUUAUAUAACUCAUGGAUUCAGAAUUGAGAUUUGCUUCAAAAGAUGUGGUGAAAUGCUGUGAUGUGGGUUGUGAUUAUUCUCUUGGGGCAUCAUCAUCUUCUUCAGAUCCUUGGACUAGAACGGUGAAAAGAAAGUUCAACGAGUUCAAAGAAGGGAACAUGUUGUUGUUACGAGGUUCUUCUGAUUCUUCUUCCAACGCUAAGGUACUAGUUGAGAAUGAAUGUGCAGCUUUGCUUGAGGUUCUUUCUAGCCAAAGGAAAACAGUCAAAGAUCUUCAUUUAGAGCUUGAAGAGGAGAGAAACGCUGCUGCAUCAGCGGCUAAUGAGACAAUGUCUAUGAUACUGAGGUUGCAGAGAGAAAAGGCUGAGAUACAGAUGGAAGCUCGGCAGUUCAAAAUGUUUGCUGAGGAGAAAAUGACACAUGACCGAGAAAAGCUCACGGUUUUGGAGAAUUUGUUGUAUGAGAAAGAGCAAGCUAUCGAGGCCUUGACUUAUGAGGUCGAAGCAUACAAGCAUAAAUUGUUGAGCUAUGGGGUUUCUGAGGCAGAGAUGCAUGAGCAGAUACUUGGUUUUGGCAGAGACUCUAGCACGGUUGGUUUUGAUGUUUACCCUUGUGAGUAUACUUCUUUGAAAUGUACUGUGGAUGAGAACCCGAGCGGACCAGACGGUAAUGUUGAGGUUGAAGAAAAAGUGAUUGUUGGUCAGUCUCCAAGAUGGCCAUAUUAUGAUCCUAAUUCGCCUUUAGGAACUGCAAAAGAUAUUAAGGGGACAUGUUUUGCAGACUCUCCUAUGUCUAGUAGUAGUGACAGAGUUUAUACUAUUGACUCAAUUCACGUGGGAGUUUCUGAAGUUAAGAUUGAUGAUGAGCCUAAUAAGAUGAGUAAGGGAAAGUUAAAUGGUGAUCAUUGGAAUUCUCCGAGAUACCAAGAACCGUUCACAGCUCAGCAAGGAGUUAACGAGCCAGAUAUCGAGAAACUUUACACAAGGCUUCAAGCACUUGAAGCAGACAGGGAAUCACUGAGACAGAUCAUUGUAUCUAUGAGGACAGACAAAGCUCAGUUGGUGUUGCUGAAAGAAAUCGCACAGCAAUUAACAAAGGAAGCCGGCACAACAAACAGGCGAAACCCGGUUUGCAAAAUGCCAUCUUUUAAAGGAUUCACUGUAGUAACGGUUUUCAAGUGGAUUGUAUCUUUCGUUUCUUGGAAAAGAAAAGCCAGGCGAAACAAGUACGUGUAUGAGUUGUCAGCAAAUAAUAAGGGGAUGCUUAUGAUGCUAGGCGAGGGAUCUGGAACAAGGAGAUGGAGAUGUUUAACAAGUUCACAUGUCUAGAUUUUUCCAUUUUUUAUCAGGUUUCUUUGGAGUAGUUAGUGCAACAUAUAAAUGUACAUUGCUCUGUAGUCUGUACUCCAAUCAAAAUAUGUUCAGAAUCUGGUUUGAAAUUAUUAAUCCAAAGUUCAAAGGA